GAUAUUAUAAUAAAUAUCAACCAAAAUGUCAAAUAAAUAGAUUUCAUUUCACAUCUACCAAAAUAAUCAGUUUUCAUAUAAAAUUACACGAAAACUGAUCUUGGCACGAUGCCCUGUGUGGUCAACUGACACCAUUAAGUGAUGAAAAAUGACACCAUUAAGCAUUGAGAAACAAAGACACACCCUUAAUGGCUCAGUUGCGGAAAUAGCUACCCAAAAUCGUCAGCCCAUACCUGAAUCUGGGAAAGGCACACAUCAAAAUUUUGUGCAAACAUAUGAUAUGGCCAUUAGAUACACAGCGAUAAGACGCUGCUAUUCCCGUUUCAGUCAAGAGCACAGUGGUGGGCAGAGACUGGCCAGACCAGCAUCGGUGCUAACGGACAAAUGUCUACAUUAAUGUUACAGCUAGUGGGGUUCAUGUUGUCAAUAUUAGGGACAUUUUUGAUCAGCUCUGCAACGGCCAUAGACAUGUGGACCAUUGAAGACCGUGCUUUUACUGUAGUAACCAGCAUUUAUGCAUACUAUGGACUGUGGUACUCAUGUGUGGGGACAGAGUAUGGUUCUACACAAUGUCGGCCAUAUUUUACUAUUUUGGGGUUGCCUGGCCUAUUCCAAGGUGUGAGAGCGCUCAUGAUUGUGGCCAUCGUUCUCGGAGUUAUCGGAGUCCUCAUUGCCAUUUUUGCCCUUAAGUGCCUCAGAAUGGGCAACAUGGAGGACCGUGUGAAAGCAACCAUGACUCUGACUUCAGGGGUCAUGUUUGUUAUUGCUGGGAUCUGUAGCAUUGCUGGGGUUUCCAUCUUUGCGAAUUUGAUCGUGACCAACUUUGCGCUCACUACCUAUACCUCACCAAAUGGGUUGGGUCUAGUUGGCUCUGGCCUUGUUGGGUCACCUCUUACUCCGAGAUACACGUUCGGCUCGGCCCUGUUCGUUGGUUGGGUCGGUGGAGGUGUUCUGUUUAUUGGUGGAAUAUUGCUGUGUUUGGCCUGUCGUGGACUGAUGCCUGAGAAACGCUAUGAAGGAACGGCGUACAAACCUGCAACCCAGAGUGGCAUCUACAGGUCAGAAGGCUAUCCCAAGACUUACAACAGCUCCUACAAGGCUCACAGUAUUGACGGCAGACAAUCCAACCAAAGAUUUGACUAUGUAUGAAACUUGCUAAUGGGCAUGCAGGAUAGAUGACCAUGGGAUAUUAAUACUACCAGUGUAAAGUAGCAACACAGAACAGAAGCAACACAGUGACCUAGCAAUAUGCGUGUAACAUUAAUACCAUAGUAGUAGCCCAUAAUAAUUCUUUAACAGAGGAGUAUUUAUAAAACACCCAUAACGAUCGAAUAGAGCUUGUGAUAGAGUCAAAACUCUGGUAGAGAGAAACAUUUUGGACUUGUAGACUGAAGUCUACUCAAUAUCCAGGUCUAAACAGAUAACCCCUUUUUAUACGGAGUGCAAGCGGUGUUAUUUCAGGUAUUUUCUACUGUUAUUCAUUCUGGUUGUGCUUCUGGGUUACUACUUAUUUUUCAAGCCUGUUUUUUGUAGGUUUCAUUUUAUUUUAUGUUAUGUCAGUUAUUUUUAUUUUUAAAUUUCAGUGAGUUUUAAUCUAGCCAAUGCUUUUUGACAGCUAUUAAUCAUGUAACAUGUAGCUACACAUAUACUGGACUAUGCUCUUAGAACUCUACAAGAGUGCGUUGCAUCUUGAUAUUUGUUUUAGGACUUUUAUGUUUAAUAUGUUUUCUUUUGUGCUUAUCAGCUGAGAGACUGAGAGUUUUGUACUCAGUUUACAAAAGUGCGUUGUUUAAAAUGUCCAAACAUUACGGCUUCUUAACAUGUAUGGUUUAUUUCUGUUUUGAUGUUCUUGGUUAUACAAUAUUGUAUUGUUGUUCUAAGUUUAUUGGCCCACAUGUAACCGUUUAUCUAAGGCUUUUCAGAAUUUCAGUUUUGGGCCAAUUGUGUCCUUGGUUCAUAUCAUGGUUGAGAUACUUCUGUGCUUUGGCAUCCAGAAUAGGAUUAUCUUAUUUCCAUCAUCAUUAUGUGCUGACGUGUGGGCCAGCUCUUUUCUUAUUUAACAUUUGAGCGUUUAAUAUCUGCUAUCUUAUUUACUAUGUUUAAAUCAGGUGAAAAUAUAG